GCUGUGAAUCAGCUGACUUACAUCACUGAUAGUGAUUCACUGUUGCAGAUCCAGUCAGUGCCAAUAUGUUUUAUAACUCGAUAAUGUGGAAUGUGUUAACCAAAUGAUUAUGUUCAAACAAUUGUCAUUUGAAAAAAAUUUUAUAGUAACAUAAUGUUGUGUUAAUUGUUAUCAAGAUCAAUGAGAAUUUUUCUUUGUAGAUUAUUAUUUCGUUCAAACCACCUUAAUUCAUAUCUGAUUUAAGACAAUGAAUUCUAUAGCAAAGCAACCUUGUCCAUUUAUGGAAAAAUGUUAUCGGAAAAAUCCGAUUCAUUUCAGUGAAAUGUCACAUCCACACUUGGAGAAAUUACUGAUCAAUCAAUUGGACGGUAUCAUAGAAAUACCAGAAGUUCUCUGUUUUACAUGUAAUGAUCGUACACAAUUGAUGGAUCAGUUGAAAGUACUACAAAUAGUGCUUAGAAAGGAAAGAGACCAAAACAAAGUAAAUGUUUUACCUGCGACUAGUAGUUUAUCUUCAAAAACAGAAUCUUUAUCUAUUACUGUAUUAGAUAUGAAAGAAGAUUUGAAACAAAAAGUAAAGACGCAUAAGAAAGUAAUGACGCAGAGAAGGGAAGAUAAGCUCAAACAAAUGGAUGCAGAAGCACAAGCACUUUCUAGAGCUUCGAGCGAUGAAGAAGCUUCAGAAAGCAAAACAAGGGGGAAAAGCUUAGAACCAUCCAGUUCCUCUGCAAAAGACAAGAUAAAAGAGAUAAGCCUAGAGGAGAUAAAACAGAUAAGCCUAGAAAGCAAUGAUAAGGAGGAUAUUAGUGAUUCACAGCAAGAUAGUGAACUUCAAAGCAGUUCCCCAAGUGAUGCGAACUCUUAUGCAUCUUUUAUCUAUAUGCUCAUGAAUAUGUAUCAAGCUUGUAAUUCUGAAAAAUCUAGGCAAGAAGUCAGACAGAAAGCUAUUUCAAUGAUAAAACAUUCAUUUGUGGAACCAGGAGAAUUUGCAACAAAAUAUGCCUUAUCAGAUCCUUACAACAUAUUUUUCUCAAGAAUUGAAAAGUCUGAGGAGACUUAUAAUCAACAAUUCUCCAUCACUUUUCCUGAGAUUCUUGAUAGAAGUCUUGGAGAGAUUGUCAACAGUCUUCAUCUGAAUUUUAUGGUUGAUGUUGGUUGGCUAUGUUUACAGUAUCUGUUGGCUGGUCAACGUACUGACAUGUUGAUACUAUAUGGCUCUAGAGAAGAUGAUUUAGAUCAUGAAAAAUUGGGCAGCAAUAUUACUAUGAUAAAUGUGGAGAUGCCGAGCGACUUUGGCUGCCAUCAUUCCAAGAUCAUGAUUUUGCAAUACAAAGAUGGUGGAAUUCGAGUGGUUGUCUCUACUGCAAAUUUGUACUCUGAUGACUGGGAGAAUAGAACACAAGGUCUGUGGAUUUCGCCACAUCUACCUUUGCUGUCGGCUGCAGAAGCUGCGAAUCCUAACGGUGGAGAAUCUCCAACGGGCUUUAAAAAGGAUCUGAAACGAUAUUUAGAAACAUAUAAGUACCCAGCUUUAACACAGUGGAUAUUGGCGGUGCAAAGGGCAGAUUUUUCUGCCGUAAAUGUGUUUUUUGUCGCUUCCGUUCCUGGAACUCACAAGGGCGGUCUAUGGGGAUAUAGAAAAUUAGCGUUUGUUCUAUUGCGUCACGUCACAUUACCACCGGAUGCUCCUCAGUGGCCUAUAAUCGCGCAAAGUUCCAGUGUCGGCAGUUUUGGUCGAAAUUUUAAAGGCUGGUUGUCGAAAGAAAUAAUUGCGUCUAUGUCGAAAGAAUCUAAAGGUUUUCCAAAGAGUCCUCCGAACUUCAAGUUUAUUUAUCCAUCGAGAGAAAAUUACAAGCAGAGCUUUGAUUGCCAAAAUUUGUCUUGCUGUUUGCCAUACAGUGAGGAAUUGCAUUCAAAACAGGAGUGGAUAGAAUCAUAUUUAUGCCAGUGGACAGCUACGCGAACAGGACGUGACCGCGCGAUGCCUCAUAUUAAAUCUUACACAAGAAUUUCGCCCGACUUGAAAAGUAUUUCUUGGUUUGUGCUCACCAGUGCGAAUCUGAGCAAAGCCGCCUGGGGUGUUUACCGAGGCGACUAUUGUAUAUCAAGUUAUGAAGCUGGUGUUAUAUUUAUACCAAAAUUCGUCACGAAGACAACGACAUUUCCAAUUCAGGACGAAGAGGAUCCAGCCGUUCCAGUAUUUCCCAUUCCAUACGAUCUUCCAUUGUCUCCAUACAAUUCGAGCGAUAAACCUUUCGUUGUCGAGUUUCUUCAUGCUUUGGCUGAAAAACAAUUGUGAUGAUCAUUGUUUUUUUUACCACUUUUGAAUAAUAUAAUAUUUUUUGACGGUGAAUGGAAUGAUUAUGAAUAAAGUAUUUAUAUAUUUUUAUUUACAUAUAUUUUUUACAAUUGUAUUUUUAAAAUCAGAAAGUAAUAGAUA